AUGAGUGAUACGUUAACAGGUCGUGCGCGAGUGGUCUAUGUAUCCAAUGAUUUCAUCCAUUUGUCUAAAGGUGGAUUGGAUGGCAAAAUUGUCGCUUUUAGAGAUUCUUGGCUCGGAAACAAUUAUGAAUUGCAGGAUUGGGUCACAUUUAAAGCGAAGUCAUACGAAGGUGAUCCAUCGCAUGCUUAUUUCGGUGUUCGAUUUAAAGCCUUAUCAAAAAGUGUAAAAUUUGAAUCGAAAGCAGUUGUAUCAGAAGGAGUGGGGACCUUAUUCAAAGUUGAUGAGCAUCAGGGACAAUAUGGCUUUAUUUACACAAAUGAUGGAAGUACCGUAUAUUUCACUGCAAGUGUUGUUCGCCCAGAUACACACGAUAUUCGAAAUACAUUUAAAGCGGGUGUACAACUGAAAUAUAAAGCAGUCGAGCAGAAACAAAGCACCUGUCGUUGGAGAGCAAUUGCAGUGUGUAACAAGAACGCUACGCUUGAUAAUCCUCUCACAAGUCUUACCAGGAAGGCAUUUCAAAAUUCUACAACAGCAAUGAAUUCAAAAUACGUUAACGGUGAUGGGCAGCAAUCUGAUACUGUACAAGCUACCGCUCGAUCUCCUACACUUUUAUCCCAUAACACUUUUACGCAAUCUACUAAUCAAACUAUUCCGUCAGGUGUUUCUCGUUUUUUACCUCGUUCGAAAAUUUCCGAGAUAGAUUCGAGUAGAUUGUCACUAUCUCCUCUAUUAUCAGUAAAUCCUCCAACUGCAUCCGCCACAUUUGCUGAUUCGAGUGGAAAACGCGUGAAAUUAAUUUUAGCUGGUGAUGCGUAUGAGGAUGCUGUUCGAAUUUUGGCGUACUUUAGGCAUCUCGUGACUAAAUGUUCAUUCGCGAAGCUAGAUCGUGAAUCUGCUGUUUAUCUUGCUGGUGAAGCAAUUCAAUGCAAGGUAGUUUUGCGGAAUAUUGGCCGGGAUGAGGAAUCACUGGCAUGGGGCAGUGUUCAUGUGCAGUGUGAACGGAUUGUUCGCGCUAAUAAAUUUAAUGCGCUUGUAUCGAAGAAGUGCUCCAUGGAGGAGAAGCCACAAGAUAUAGGAACAACUGCAAUGUCUCGUUCUGCUUUUACUGUUUUCUCUUGUCGACCAGUUAUUUUAUUUUGCGAAUUAAUUUUGAAUGUUGGCGAAAGUCGUGAUUUUGAAUGUACACAGCAAUUACCACUGGAUUCCAUACCACCAUCAUUCAAAGGACAUCUAGUGCGUUAUGUAUACAAAUUAACACUUGGUGUACAACAUGUAAAAUCACCGAUCAAACUGAUACAUAUCCCUUUGCGAAUCAUACAAUGUGAUCUCGGAUUGACAUUGCCAUCAUUGCGAACUUCCAAGAACCCAUUUAUAGAUAAUCAUAAUCCUGGGCCAUCUAUUGUAGAAUUAGCUACCGAAGCAGCAGAUUGUUUAACUGCACCCCAGGGUGAUUAUAAAUACAGCAUGACAAAUGCAGUUGGUCGAGUUGCUAAUUUCUUACUAAAUAAAAAAUCUUAUAAAUUAGGUGAGGAUGUUGUAGGACGAUUUAACUUCGAUGGCUGUGCUGUACGAUGCCUUCAGUUUGCUGUAUAUUUACAAUCUGUUGAAACUUUAAUAAAUGAAGAAUGGUACCCAAAUACGUUUGUAGCUACGCAUAUGACUGAGCACGCUGUUUGUGCAUAUUGGACAGAGGCGGCGGUACGCCUACAUGUACCACUUUCAGCUACACCCACUUUCUGCACUGAUACAGUGCACUUAAAAUGGCGCCUCCAUUUUGAAUUUGUGAUAUGUAACAAUUUUAACGAAGAAGUAAACGAAGGACUCUGGCAAGCUCCAGAAAACGUUAACAUAGAAACGAUGUCGUGGGAUUUGGACAUCAAAGUUUUCCCUUGUAGCCCCCACAAUGCUGGUCUUACGAUACCGAAUCUUUCACCUCCAGCUUCCAUUGUAGUGUAA